AUGUACCAUCUCUCUCGUUUUUCUCUUGCUCGUGCUGUUCCCAGGGCUGCACGUAGCGUAACAACCAGUUCGCCAGCGCCUCCAUCGCAGCCCGCGGCGCUGAAACUCAAGUCUGGUCAAGUGUUUGAAGGCCGCUCGUUUGGAGCGCCGCGUUCUGUGUUUGGUGAGACGGUGUUCACGACCUCUAUCACGUCGUACACAGAGUCUCUUACUGAUCCGUCAUACACCGGCCAGAUCCUUGCGUUUACACAGCCGCUAAUGGGCAACUAUGGCGUGCCAGACAAUCGCGUGCCUGGCUCGGCACGGGAGCAUCCUAUGGAUGUAGAUGUAGGUUGCUUCCUCGAGUCCAAGGGCGUGCAGGCCACGGGCGUCGUGGUGAGUGAGCUUUGCGAGCGCUUCUCGCACUUCCAAGCGUACGAGUCGCUGGCAAGCUGGUGUGCGCGCUACAAUGUGCCUGGUAUUCAGGGCGUGGACACGCGUGCGCUCACUACCCUCCUGCGCAACCAGGGAUCGACCCUCGGUGCUAUUCUCGUGGGCGAGGAUCGUCACCGUACGAUUGACCCCUCCGAGUUUAUUGACCCCAUGGCCGAGAACUUGAUUGACCGUGUAUCAACCAAGACGAUUUACACGUUGCACCCUGUCGGCGGUGCUGAGGCAGCACGCGCGCAUAUUGCGCUGUCAGACUUUGGCAGCAAGGCGAACAUUCUGCGCUCUCUGCUGCGCCUUGGUGUCAGUGUCACUGUGCUUCCGUGGACGGCGGACUUCAACGCCAUUCGUGAUCAGUUUGAUGGCCUGUUCCUCAGCAAUGGACCAGGCAGCCCUGACUCGAUUCCUUCCGCCAUUGAGUCUGUGCGUCGUACGAUCAACGAGUGGGACCGCCCGAUCUUUGGUAUUUGCAUGGGCCACCAAAUCAUCGGCCGUGCGGCAGGGCUUCGUGCGUACCGCAUGAAGUUUGGUAACCGUGGACACAACCAGCCUGUGCUAGCGCUUAGCAGCGGUGGUAUGCGUGUUGAGGCGGGCCGUGUGUACAUCACCUCGCAGAACCACGGAUACGCGUUGGCCUACGAGGAGUCCGGCCCGGACGCCUGGCCCAAGGACUGGCAGCCAUGGUUUGUCAAUGCGAACGACUGGAGUAUUGAGGGCAUUGUUCGUACAGGGGGCCUGGAUACGCAUGCGCCUGUAUGGGGCGUGCAAUUCCAUCCGGAGCAUGCAGGCGGUCCCGAAGAUACGAACCCCCUGUUUGACGACUAUGUUGAGCAGGUGGUGCGGUACAAGGAGAUGCGGUCCGGCAACGCACCGUUCCUGGCCCACACACAAGCCUCUGCGGUGCAAGCGCACCUGUAA